AUGCACUCCAUAUAUUCAACAUGCAACCAUGACAAAACUUUUAUUGGAAAUCAUGAAUGUGAUUCGAAACGAUAUCUGGCAACUGCAGUUUCAGGAGUAUUUAGCGAAAAGUGCGAUACGACUAGCGGGCAGCGGGGAACAACAGGAAUCCCUGCGGGAGCGCGGCCACUGACCUGCCAUGGUGCUGGCCCGUCAGCUGACGAUGAGGCGGCGGAGUCGCCGCAGUGCAGGCCUGGCGCCUCCGCCGGGCCAGCUGCCGCCCUCGCACCCUCGCCGCCACCAGACACCGGCCCGCCCGCCGACGGGAGGUCGCAGACGAAAAAAUCGAUAGGUCGUCAACCUCCGCCGGCGCUAACACUGAGCCGGGCGGGCCGCCGCGCCGUCGCCCGCCACCGCACCGCUAUCCCGCACCAGAAACCCACCGAGGCCUCAACACCCGAUAAA